AUGAGUCACUAUCAGCCUGCGACCUUUCCAGUGGACCUGACAGUGGAAAGAGGUUUGCUUAAAGACGUACUGCGGGCCAUUCUUCACACUAUUCUCUUUCACCGUGUUUUCGCCAAUAUCAAACCAAAGGACAUGGAUAUCCUCAACAUUACCAUUCCUAUAAUCGAUGAUCCAGAAAUUGAGAAACUAGUUGAGGAGAAGAUCGCAGUGUUCGCCAAAGCCGUCGAUGCCAAUCCGCAGAGCAAGGGACAGAUUGGAGUCAUGUUUUAUGAGAAGCGGACAAAGCGAGCAUGGUUCAGUUCUACAUCAUCAGAAGUCUGUUGGGAGCAAUGGGGAAUUACUCUUAACGUUGUCACCAACAUCAAUGAAAAAGACAAGCAACGAUCGAUUAAAAACAUGGAAAAGGCAUUAUCAGCAUUAUUUCUCAAUAUUCUCCGCACAGUCAACGAACACAAGGACCACAUUCCACCGAUCACCACCAGCGAUGGAAAUCCAUUUCCUUAUCAGAUUGUUAUACCAACAACAAAUGAUACUUGGGGAUCCAUGUUCAAGCGCAUUCUCGACACCUCAGCCUCAUCUUCACCCAGCAUAUAG